AAACAGCUGAAGCACAGCAAAUCCAGCCAAUCGCUGACCGCCAAACGCGUCAAAAAGGCUUUGAAGGCCACCCGCACCACGGUCAUUGCAUCGGUCAUCACCCUCGGGUUUAUACUGAGUUAUCUCCCUCACCUCAUCCUCGUCAUCCUGAGAUCUGUCCACGUCGACUUCGAGCAUCGCCUGGACGAAUUUUCGCUCAUUCUC